UGUUUUGAGCUGUCUUGUUGUAAUAUCUCGACUUCUUUUCGUUAAUUUCUCACCCAGAAAACAGAAACACAAUAAGCCCGAGAGAGGCUCAAUCUCCCAGUCCCCUCUUCAGUUUUAGUUUUAGUGAGAAAAGGCACUAAAGAGAUACAUAUGAAAAGAAAAACGCCAAAGACGGUUGUCGCGGCGGAUUGGAUCGGCAGAGUGGUACCGUUAGUCCGCGAGUGACUGUUUAAACAUAAUUUAAAUAAUGAGGAAUCUGCGCUCGUAAUUGAUUUAAGUAGCGCAGCAGACAACAACACCACCAACAACAGCAUUUGCAUAAUUUUCCCCACUCUCACACACACACACACACAGAGGAACAGAGAGACCACAGACACUUGUGGGGUGCUCUCAAACAAAGAGCGAGAAGAAAAUUCGUUGCGCUUUUAGCUGCCACUGCAGUGCAAGCAGCAGCAAGUGCCAUUUGUGUCGGUGUAUGUACGUACAUAUAUGAACGUGUGUGCGUGGUGCAGUCAUGUGUGUGCACCAGUGUUGUUGUGUACUUAAAUGGACAAGUUAGAGUCCACAUUCCACACAGCAGAGAACAGAACAGAAUAGAAAAGAUCAGAAACAGAAACCGUGAAGAACAGCAGCCAACAAUGACUGGCCAAGAAACGGCAUCUUAACUAUUAUUUCAAAAUAAUUGCGCAAACACAUUCUCUGACCGAUUGAAGACAGUGCACUCGAUGUGAAUUAUUUGUAAUUUGUGCUGCAUCCAAUACGAUUCGAAUUUGGUGAAAUCAAUGCGUAGAAAGUGAAUCCGAGGUUGGCGCUGACGUUACGCAAAGCCGUGGAAAAGUGAAAAGCCGCGGAAAACCUGGCCGCUCUAAAAUUGCACUAAAAGUGCAGCUGCCCAUUUUGAUAUUCGGGAGACUGAUAAAAUACUGAUUGCCGUUGCGUGCGCCGCCUAAAAUAGCUCCUAGGCUCUAAUUGUCGGCUGUCCGACCGGAGCAACACCUGGUCGAGCGUCGGCCCCCCUGCCGACACAGAGCGGCCGCCGCAUGCGUCUCAUCCAAACGGCCACCAGCGGUGCUGCUGCGACUGUUCUGCAGUCCCACUCCCAGUCGCAGUACAACUACACCAACAUGCGCGAAGAUGAUAUCGAGCUGGCCAUCAAAGUGGUGAUUGUUGGAAAUGGCGGCGUUGGGAAAUCAUCGAUGAUCCAGCGCUACUGCAAGGGCAUAUUCACCAAGGACUACAAGAAGACGAUCGGCGUGGACUUCCUGGAGAGGCAGAUCGAGAUAGACGGGGAAGAUGUGCGCAUAAUGCUGUGGGACACGGCCGGGCAGGAGGAGUUCGACUGCAUAACGAAGGCCUAUUACCGUGGGGCACAGGCGUCAGUGCUCGUUUUCUCCACGGCAGAUCGGGCCUCGUUCGAGGCCAUCAAAGACUGGAAGCGCAAGGUGGAGAACGAGUGUAACGAGAUACCCACGGUGAUUGUGCAGAACAAGAUUGAUCUUAUCGAGCAGGCCGUGGUCACUGCCGAUGAGGUGGAGACCCUGGCAAAAGUGCUCAACUGCCGUCUGAUACGCACUUCCGUGAAGGAGGACAUCAAUGUCGCAUCCGUCUUCCGCUAUCUGGCCACAAAGUGCCAUCAGCUGAUGAGCCAGAGCUACGACCAGACCGGCAGCCAGCAGCACUCGUCCAGCCAUCCGCCCUACAACAGUACGCCCACAAUCAGCGCCUUCAGCCCGACCUUCACCAAGUCCAGCAGCGGCACCAUUGUGCUCCGUCCGGCCAAAAAGGGCAGCGGGUCCAGUGCGGCGAGGAAACGCAAAAUAGUUCUCAAAAAGUGCGGCAUCUUGUAAGGGAAGGGAAUCAUCGCAGGGGGAUGGUGCCUGCUCGGCAGGCAGUCAAGCAGGGAGUAUGGAUGGAUGGAUUUAUGGAUGGACGAGAUGUUGGCAAUUAAUAACUGGAGCAUCUUUAACGCUUAAUUAUUUAUGAGCCUAAUGAAGUUGUGGGCAGUUGCCAGUGGCCAGCCAACCGUUGGAAGCAGCCACUGGCACAGCCACAGGCACAGCCAUUCACUAGUCGUGCACAGACUCCGCGUGAUGUGGCCCAGACAUGCUAGAAAGCAGCGAUAAUCCGAAGCAGUAAAGUGCAUCUUUGGGAUACACCUCGAAGUGCAGAUACCCUUGCAGAUAUACCCAAACACUAAAUGCACAAAGUAUUUUAAUAGAUAAUUCAGUUGAAAGAUGCUUUCACUUGGACAAGCGUUCCUGUAAAUUGGAUCUACAAACCAAUCCAUAAUCCACACAUCUGCACAAAUUCUGAUCAUUUUUAUCUGACUAAAUAUGCAUUUGAUGCAUAAGUAAUAGUAUCCGCGAUCGGCAAGGGUAUCCGAGUUCUCAAAAGCAUAACCAAUAUGCAUUGUCUUAUGCAGCUACUCAAAAAUUACCCUAAUUAGCUAUAGAUAUCAAAUAUCAAAUCAGGAUUUAUUGUACUGAUAUUAUGGCCCCUUUUUCUAUAACGGAGACUGAUGCAGCAAUGCGCCUCAUAUCGGAUAUGUAUAUAUACUUUCAUGUGGGCUUGGACUGGCCUAAGCAAUUAUUAAAAUUAAAAGGCUAUUAACCAUGCUAGCGCAGCCCAGAUGUUCAUGUGAGAAUAGAUCCCUCCGCCAAUUAGCUUUGGAGAAUGUGCAAUUAAUAAUUCAGCUUAUAUAAUUAUUAGCUAAUUGAAAGUCAUGACAAGGCGCAAUUCGGCUCGCCUUUAUGCGGCGCCUUCACGUUCUAUGCUAAAUUCCACAUCGACUCCGAGCGGAAGGUUAACUGCGCAAGUGGACUACUCGUCUAACACAAUAACAAACUCUAUACUAAGCCUACUCUCAUAU